GUCUAGUCACCUCGCUGCUGGGUCGCCCGUCGCGGCCCCCUCCUCCCGCCAACAGCGAGCCUCGUCCCCCCAACCACCACCAACAUCAGCGCCAGCACUCGCAACCUCCGCCGCCCCGUCAUCUUCCGCAGCACCAGCAGCAGCGGCCGCCCCCAGCGCGUCCAACUUCGCCCGCGAAUCGACGAGACAAAAGUCCCGCACCUAUGACGUCCAACGUUCGGCGCCGCCCCGGCCCUCAGGCCUCCCUAGACCUCCGUACCCCGACGUUCCAUCACGACCCUUCGUCCCCGAGCAUUUCACCCGCGCAGGCAAUAGCAGACGCGUGGUCGCACGAGCCGCCAGAGAGCCAGGAAUACUGGCGGGCGGCAGAGGCGCGUCGACGCGAGCAGUACCUCGCGGCACGGCCGAGACCGCGGUUGGCGAACAAGAUGUGAAGGGAGAACAGGAGCUUCUUGGCCAUUGGCACACUCAGACAUGUAACAAAACCCAUGUCUUGCAUUCCGCACUCGCAGUUCCGCAGACGAUACACACGCAACACACAUUUUUCACGCACGAUAGGAAGCACAGCACGAGGUAUCCUGUGCUCUCGGCAUCGCCAAGCACGCGCGCCCUCACGAUGUCCCGAGCCUCGCUUCAACAUACAUAAUACACCAUAGCCUUCCUCCCGAACGAUGAAUGGGAUGUACGAGUAGGUUUCCCGCAUCAUGUAUCCACUCCCCAUGUAGCACCACGCCGACACGACACCCAUCUCCUCCAUUCGUACCCGUAUCCAUACGUCAUUUUCUCGCUUUUUCCCUCUCUGUUUCUCUAUCUUAUUUAUUCGCUUUAGCCCCUCUUCUUGUUUCUUGCCUACUGUUUUCCUAUGCCUUCACUACAACCACCAGACGGCAGCGCCGUUAGGGCAAAGCUCGCUCCUGAUACCUCUCUCUCC